AUGGAAAACUUCCACGACUUGAUCAGGAGCCAGGCGCUCCUCUCUUCAGCGUGCGCUAAACAAACAGCAACACCUUCCAGCGCGUCCAGCGCUCCAGAGAAGCGCGCCAUCAAACUCGACAUACCGGAGCUAAACCGUUCUCUUGUGUUUUUUGCUCUCGAGACUUCUCACGCAAGUACGAUAUUUGUGCCUUGUCCGUUCCUCGAAAUCGUCCCACUGAUGCCGGAGGCAGAGAUCGAUUACAAACCCAUUAUAGCCAUUGUCAACGGCGAGGAGACCGAGAUGUCCCCAGUUCGAUUCCCAAAGGCCGAAGGCCGCAUGCCUGUUGCAUUUCGUCCAAGAUUCGCUGCGACGGAGGCAGUCCUUGUGCACCGUGCAAGAAGAAACAAGUUGCCUGCCGUCAAAAGCACUCCCUUCGCGAAAGUUCAAGUAGGCAUUCCAAACUUCUUCACAGAAAGACACGGACUGUUGGUGAUGCUGACUACCCUUCCAGUUGCCGAAGAAUUAGGCCCGUUAGGCGACCGCGUCUCCAUUCAAGCGCUUCUAAACGGCGGUACCGACACCUUCACAGAAACGUUUAAUCUUCCCCCUUGCGAUGAUCGGCAAAGAGGACUGCAGUUUCAUCAACAACACGAAGAAGGAGAGGAUGAAGAGACCGAUACCGUGGCCCCAAAAUCAGAGGUUGAAAGUCCAGCCACUUUCGACUUCUCCGGGAUGUUCCAAAUACCUAUGGGGUUUGACGAUCAGUACCUCGACUUUUGGACAGGGCCUUUCGGACUGACUCAGUCUCCUUCCUAUACUGAUUUGCAGCUGGAAGUUUACGAUCCGUCCAUUAUAUCCCCAGAGGCUCAGAUUAGCUCCACACCUUCUAGCUCGACGCAGCAACCUUCGGAUCAGGCGCAAUAUGUUUCAGCACUGAAUAUGGCAAUUUACAACAAACUAUGGUGCCUGGCCCUGGAUGAAAAAUCUCGCCAGGAACUGACUGCAUGCCUGAAUUUCUUGCUAACCUCGGAGAAAAUCCGCAAGUUCAUCUCCCUUUACUUUCGUAAUUGGCACCUGAACUGUCCCAUCAUACAUCGACCGUCAUUCGACCCCGGCAAAGUCCCAGUCGGUUUAGUUAUCAGUGUGGUCUUUAUUGGCGCCAUGUACUCGAAAGAUCAGACAGAAAGGCUAGCCGCGAAGAGACUGGUCGAUGUUGCGGAAUUGGUGGUUUUCGACUCGGAAAUUUUCUCCUUCGAAGCUGAAGUCACUCGAUCCAUACAAAAUGACUACCUACAAGCACCUUCAGACACUCUUCAGCAGGACCAUGACUGGGAGGUUUUUCAAGAGCUUCAGGCUGGCUACUUGAUGGUUGUUGCCCAGUAUUGGGGCGGAUCCCGAGGGUCCAAACGAAGGGCAAUGCAAUCUCGGCUCGGAGAUGUCAUUAAUGUCGCUCGAAGCAUGCAGUUACACCAUGCUCGUCAUCGGCCGUCUGAUCGCAUUUCGGAAGUCGCUUGGCUGCAAAAAGAGACAAAGAUCCGCACCAUCUCUGUCAUUGCAUUGCUGGAUUGCGCCAUGCGAAUCUACUCAAACUAUCCAUGCCGCAUAACCCUUGGCGAACUCGAUAAUGAUCUUCCUUGUAAAGAGGCCAUCUUCAGCUCACGACACCCUUUCAUGCAGGACGACUCGAUCUUUGCACCACGAUUAACCAUGUCUCAAGCCUUCGCUCUUCUUUUUGACGGAAAAGCAAGGACUUCUGAUUCAGCAAAAGAGUCGAUGCUAGAUGCAGGCGAAUCUGAAAACGGAACGACCUUGGAAGAGACAGAAGGCAAUUGCAAUCUCACCAUCUUUGACCUGUUCAUUCUCAUCCAUUUUUUGUACACAUACGUACAUUCCUGUGUAAUGACCAUGUCACUUAACCUACCCACGACCAAUUUUGGUCGCCGGAUUAAUGGGGCAAAGACUUCCAAUUUCGCCGUCAGCUCCAUGGGUCAAGAUAUCAAAGGCGCUUUGGACAGAUGGCGCCAACUGUGGGAAGUUCUUUGCUCACAAACGUCAGAUAAAUCCCUGAAAGCUGAAGGCAUGUACCGCAAUGCUCUUCACUUCUGGAUCGUCCUUCAAUCCAUCAUGGCCAAAGAGGAGGCAGUCGAUGUUAUCACCAGCAUGGAGGUCAACUGCGAUGACGCAUUGACGAAGCUCAAGGUCCUCUUUCAGGACUAA